AUGCAGUCAGCCAUUAUCGUUCUCAGCCUCGCUGUCUUGGCUGCUGGCGCUCCCAAAUCUGUAAGCGAAUCUUCAACUCUGUCUGCCUUAGUGGAGAGAGAGCCUUCUGGCAUAGUUUCUUACUUUGCUUCCAAGGGUAAUGGGGUUGUUGUCCGAUCUCUUGAUGACCUUGCUCAUGUCGGCGACGGCGAAGUCGUGAGGCUCAAGCGUGUCAAGCGUUGCGAGUUUGCUGCUGCUGCUCCUGAGAAUGCAAUUGUUAAUAAGAGGGGUAACACCUCUACUGAUUGUGAGGAUGUCCCUACGUUUAUUACCAACUGGUAA